GCAAACUUCCUUGGCAUGCCAUAAGCUCCUAGUCUUUGCCAAUAGGCAUUAAACAAUAAAAACACACAUAUCAACUUAACCAUGGUGUUUGCUGGCAAUUAUGGUGGAGGUGGUGGCUGCUCAAACAUGGGUGGCUUUGCCGUCCAGGUCAUCACCAGCCGGUGGUUCAUGAUCUUUGCCACCAUUUUCAUCAUGGCUGCCGCUGGUGCAACAUACAUGUUUGGCCUUUACUCACAAGAGAUCAAAACAACCCUUGGCUAUGACCAAAGUACACUCAAUUUACUCAGUUUUUUCAAAGACUUGGGAUCUAAUGUUGGUGUCCUCUCAGGCCUAAUCAAUGAAGUCACCCCACCAUGGGUUGUACUGUCGAUGGGUGCAGUCCUGAAUUUCUUUGGCUACUUCAUGAUUUGGUUAGCCGUGACCAAAAGAAUAUCCAAACCCCAAGUGUGGCACAUGUGCUUGUACAUUUGUAUUGGUGGAAAUUCUCAGUCAUUUGCCAAUACAGGAGCCCUGGUCACAGCAGUCAAGAACUUCCCGGAAAGCCGGGGAGUUGUGCUUGGACUUCUCAAAGGUUUUGUUGGCCUAAGUGGUGCAAUCAUCACUCAACUCUAUCAUGCAGUGUAUGUUGAUGAUACCAAGUCUUUGAUCUUGAUGAUUGGCUGGCUUCCAACAGUUAUUUCCUUCACUUUCCUUCGAACAAUCCGAAUCAUGAAGGUCGUUCGAAUCGAACACGAGCUGAAAGUCUUCUACAGACUUUUGUAUGUCUCACUUGGGCUCGCUGGAUUUCUCAUGGUAAUUAUUAUACUCCAGAAUAGGUUUAACUUCAGCCAUAGUGAGUUUAGCAUCAGUGGUGUUGUCGUCAUUAUUUUGCUCUUUUUACCACUUGCCGUUGUUAUUCAAGAAGAGCUUGAUACGUGGAGGAAAAAGAAAGCUGCCCUGGAUAGUAUUUCUCAGCUGAAAGUUAUCACUGAGAAUCCCAGUCCUGAUCAGGCUGCUGCAGCUGAUUAUCAGCCAAAAUCAACAGAAAAGCAAGUGGAAUUACCAUCUUCGUCCGCAGUUAAAAAUACUACAGAGCAACAACCUACCACAGAAAUCCAGGAAGUAUCUUGCUGGAGAACUGCUUUCAGGCCACCAAAUAGAGGUGAGGAUUUCACCAUACUUCAGGCACUCUUCAGUAUGGAUAUGUUCAUCCUGUUUCUGGCAACAAUUUGUGGUGUUGGAGGUACUUUGACGGCAAUUGACAACUUGGGUCAGAUUGGAGCUUCACUCGGCUACCCCAAAAGAAGCACUAGCACAUUUGUGUCACUCGUGAGUAUUUGGAAUUAUCUAGGAAGAGUGGUUUCUGGUUUCCUAUCUGAGCACUUUUUAACCAAGUACAAAUUUCCUCGUACCCUGAUGCUUACAAUCAUAAUAGUCAUAUCCUGCGUAGGCCAUCUUCUCAUAGCUUUUGGUGUCUCAAAUGGGCUAUACGUUGCAUCAGUAAUCAUAGGAUUUUGCUUUGGCGCUCAAUGGCCAUUACUUUUUGCUAUAAUUUCUGAACUUUUUGGCCUCAAAUAUUACUCCACUCUCUACAAUUUUGGCUCCGUGGCCAGUCCAAUUGGCGCAUAUCUCCUCAAUGUGAGGGUCGCUGGACAUCUAUACGACAGGGAAGCUGAGAGGCAACUCAACGCGUUGGGACUGAAGAGGAAGCACGGAGAAGAUCUGAAUUGCGAUGGAGUAGAGUGCUUCAAAUUGUCCUUCAUCAUCAUUACUGCAGUAACAGUUUUUGGAGCGCUGAUUUCAUUGAUUUUGGUGUCGAGGACUAGAAACUUUUACAAGAGCGACAUCUAUAAGAAAUUCAGGGAGGAAGCCAAGGCGGCCGAGACUGAAAUGGCAUUGCCCGGAAAUGGCACCGUUGUUCCAAGCCGUAACAAGGAAUAGACUAAAUAUUAUUGUAAUUUGUCAACGUAGAAUUUGUGUAGGUUACAGGCAGGUACAAUUAACGUUACCCCAGCUUAAAGUCGAACCAGCUGAUAAUUACAAUCCUUUUCUUUUUCUUGCUUGUAAAGAAAAAUAUCCGGGUUCGACUCUCAAUCAUUCUAUUCCCUCAAGUCUCCAAUUAUCAAACCUUGUCUGUUUUUGGUUGUCAAA